GCUGCGGGAAGAGACAUUCCCCCAUGGAUGUGUGCAUGUGCCAGGGGUUCCUGCCGGUCCACGCCGACCCCCGCGGGGAGCUGAGCGCCGGGCAGCUGCUCCGCUGGAUGGACGCCGCCGCCUGCCUCGCAGGUGAGAAACAUGCUGGUGUGUCCUGCAUGACAGUGUCCAUGGAUGACAUACAGUUUGAGGAGGCUGCCAGGGUGGGACAAAUUAUUACCAUCAAAGCAAAGGUGAACAGAGCAUUCAGAACCAGCAUGGAGAUUGGCAUCAAGGUUAGAGUAGAGGAUGUUUUGACUAAUGUUGAAAAACUGAGUGUGGCAUAUGGAACGUAUGUAGCCAAACCAGUUGGUGCUGGAAAGGUUGAGUUAGAACCUGUAAAGCUUCUGUCCGCAGAAGACCACCUGGAGCACAGCCUGGCUAUUGAGAGGAGAAGAAUUAGACUGGGCUGUUUCCAGAUCUUUCAAAACCUAAUGCAGGAGAGUAAUAAGGAAGAUACUUUUGAAGAGGAAGAUGCAAUUUCAGUUGAACUUACUCAUGUACAGAGUAUUGAGCUUGUCCUGCCUCCUCAUGCAAACCAUCAUGGAAACACUUUUGGUGACCAGAUCAUGGCUUGGAUGGAGACAGUGGCGAGUAUUUCAGCAAGCCGCCUUUGUCAUUCAUACCCUGUCCUGAAAUCAGUGAACAUGUUUAAGUUCUAGGGACCCUCCUUUGUGGGCGACUGCCUCGUCUUCAACACCAUUGUGAACAACACCUUCCAGAACAGUGUGGAGGUUGGUGUCUGUGUUGAGGUUUAUGACUGUGAGGGGUGGAUCAAGGACCAGCCACGGCACAUUAACAGUGCAUUCCUCAUCUUUAGUGCUGUGAAUGACAAAGGACAGCUGCUCCCCUUCCCCAAAGUCAAACCCACAACAGAGGAUGGUAUGAGAGGAUACCAUGGAGCUAUUGCCCGAAGGAGAAUGUGUCUAACCAGAAAAUGCAUACUGUCUGCUAAAGGAGACAAACCUUCUGAACCCUGGGAGAGAAGCAACCAGGUAAUCUACAUGUGUCUUACGUUUCAGGCACUGACACACCUGGCAGCAAAACCAGGAUGGGAAAUAACCAGGACGCUGGAUGAUAUAAAAAUAUGGACUCCUGAGGAGGGUGAUGCGUUAUCUUUCAAGGUUGAAAUGCAGGUGAAGAUCCCAUCUGACCUGACUUUUUACCUUCUGUCCGACUUCACGUUGCGCCAGCAAUGGGACAGACAUUUCCUGACUUGUGAGGUCCUGCAGGCUGUGAGUGAAGAGGAGAAAAUAUAUUAUGUGACGUCUCCCCCCACAAGGGGCUACGAACCCAGAGACUUUGUGAUUCUCAUGUCUCAAAGGCAACCCUGAAAGCCAGAUGAACCUUACACCGUGGCUGUGAGGUCGGUGACCCUCAGGGCAAUGCCCCCAUCCCCAGAGUUCUCCAGGAGUGAAGUCCUUUGUGCCGGGUUCCAGAUACACACCAGCACGAGCAGCUCCUGUACCGUGUGUUACUUCAAUGAAGUGACAUCAGGAGUGAUGCCUUACUUAGCUGCAAAUCUCGACGGCUCAUCAAAAUCCAUUGAAGAAGCUUUGGAAUGUAUAAAGUUCUUGGAGAUGAAAGGCUGCAUGUACUGAAGUUAAAAACAGAUUUCUGAAGGGACAUCUGAAGAUUAUCCAGCAAUUCUGGUUUAAAUUCCUGCAAGUGUGUUGAUCAUUUUUCUACAGGUUACUUAAGUUGGAUCAUGUAGCCAGUAUUUGGCUUGAACCUGAGAAUACCUUGUACAAGCAUCUGCUAUCAAGUUGAGCUUAGGCUUUAGGAUCCAAAUUCAAUUUUUAAUUUAAAAAAGAUUAAGGGACAGAUUCUGCUUUUGAUUGCAUUAAUGAAUUUUGUAUAAAUGGAGGCAGAACUUGGCUCAGUGGAGCUGUAGCUCAUGAGACUGUUUCCCUGUUUUAAUGUUAUAUUGUAUGAAAAGGCAUCCAGGCAGUUUUAAAUCUGUAAAUACCACCCCUUGUAACCUGCAAACCAGUGCUACCAAGUAGCUUUCCCUGUGCUCUGACCUGGCUGUCCAAGUCUUUGCACCCCCAUUAUUUAUAAACUGAUUACAGCCCAUGUAAAUUAGAGUUUGCUGCUUUUAAUACUUGUCUGUUUAUGUGUGACUUCCAAUAAAGUAUUGUUUCUGAGGUUACAAAUUCAUCAAAAAUUUAAUUACAGCAUAUCUGGGGUGCAGAAGGGCUGCUUUGUAGCGGUGAUGGGGACUGCUGGCAACCUCAGUGCCUGGCUGUGGAGCAGAACAGUAACUCUUGGAUCCACUCCCUUGCAGAUGAAAAGGGGGGAUGUUUUC